AUGGCGCUGCUGCAAUUGGGGUCGCUGUGGUGGCUAGGAGUGGGCACAACUCGAUUUGGCUCGAAGAUCCGACUCGGACCCAGAGUAUUUGGGUCAAAAUUGGCUCAGCGUAAUUUAUAUCGGGUCAUCUUCGUUUUCGUUUCUACUUCAGCGCCUGGUGAAGCUAGAAUUCAUGGAAUCGCCGUGGAAGAUCGUGAAAUCGUGCAAUCGUGCCGUCUCCACCGCGUCAAAGGAAAGGAAAUCCAGAAGAAGAGGAUUUGCGGGUUUAAUAUGGCUUCAAAUGCGGAUAAUGAUGAAAAUAAUACUGGAGUUGAAACUGAUCGUGGUUGUGUAUCCAAAAAGAUUGCUAAAAAUACUGCAGGAAAUAGGAGUGACAAAGCUUGGAAGCAUGGAAUUUCGGUUGAUGGAGAUGCCAAAAAAAUAAAAUACAAGUAUUGUGAUAAGGUGGUGACAGGAGGAGUAUAUAGGUUGAAACAUCAUUUGGCAGGAACAAAAAAAGAUGUUGAACCUUGCAUGGGUGUUUUUGAUGAGGUUAAAAAGGAUAUGUUUGAUAUUGUUGUUGGUUUGCAAAAAAAUUUAGUUAAGAAGACAAGAGAAUUUGAAAAAAAGAUACAAAGGAAGAGGUCUGAAGAAUACAAUAACAUGUUUGAGAAGGUUACCCGCCAUGGAUUAGGAUUCAAGCCACCUUCUUAUGAUGAGUUAAGAGGAAAAUUAUUGAAGAAGAAGGUAGAGUCAACUAAACUAACAUUAGAAGAACAUAAAGCUGAAUGGAAAAAAACUGGAUGCACUAUUAUAACAGAUGGUUGGACGGAUAAAAGAAGGAGAACUAUUCUCAACUUUCUUGUGAAUAGUCCUAAGGGAACUGUUUUCUUGAAAUCCAUUAAUGCUUCUGAUAUAUGCAAAACAGCUGAAAAGAUAUUCAAGAUGAUUGAUGAAGUUGUAGAGGAAGUGGGAGAAGAGAAUGUGGUUCAAGUUGUAACUGAUAAUGCAGCUAACUACAAAAAGGCAGGACAAAUGUUAAUGGAAAAGAGAAAGAAUCUUUAUUGGACUCCUUGUGCUGCUCAUUGCAUUGAUUUGAUGCUUGAAGAUUUUGAGAAGAAGCUAGAUCUUCACAAAGACACCAUUGCCAAAGGAAGAAAGCUAACUACUUACAUAUAUUCUAGGACUUCUCUAAUUUCCCUUUUACAACAGCACACCAAAGGAAGAGAUUUGGUGAGACCAGGUAUGACGCAAUUUGCUACGUCCUACCUUACUUUGGGUAGUCUUAAUGAGAAGAAGAAUCCAAUAAUUAGAAUGUUCAUCUCGGAUGAAUGGAAGGAAAGCAAGUGCUCAAAGACAAGAGAUGGGAAAAACAUUGAAAAUAUUGUUUUGGAUAAAACAUUUUGGGGAAACAUUAUCCAUUGCUUGAGAGGUGCUUAUCCUCUUCUUCAUGUGCUUCGUAUAGUGGAUUCAGAGGGUAAGGCAGCUAUGGGAUAUAUGUAUUCUGAAAUUGAUCGUGCUAAAGAAAAGAUUAAAGAUGCUUUUCAAAGUGUUGAACUAAGUUAUAAACCUUUGUGGGAUAUUAUUGAUGCAAGAUGGGACAAGCAACUCUUUAGGCCUUUGCAUGCUGCAGGCUAUUAUUUGAAUCCACAAAUUCAUUAUAGUCCUAAUUUUAAGGUUGAGUAUGAUGUUAAAAAAGGACUUUAUGAUUGUUUGGAUAUACUUGUGAGAGAUCCUGCACUCAUUACAAUUAUUGAUAGUCAACUUGAAGAUUUCAAGAGUAAGGCUAAAUUUUUUGGUAGAGAUGUUGCCAAGAAUGCUCUCAAAACUAAAACACCCUCACAAUGGUGGGAUUCUUAUGGAGAUGAACAUCCAGAACUUCAAAAGUUUGCUAUCCGUGUCUUGAGUUUGACUUGUAGUUCAUCAGGAUGUGAGCGCAAUUGGAGUGCUUUUGAGAUGGUUCACACGAAAAGAAGAAAUCGUUUGAAGACAAGCACAAUGAAUGAUGUUGUUUUUGUGAUGACUAAUUCAAGAUUGGCAAGGAAGAAGCCAUCAAGAAAUACUGCUGAUUAUAGCCUUGAAGACUUGGAUUCAGAUGAAGAAUGGAUUGUGGAAGAUGAAAAUAUGAUGGAAAAUAUGGAAGAAUUUGACACACAAAAUGAUGUAAACUUAGCCCCUCAAGAAGAUAGAGGUUAA